GAUUCCCAGAUGCAGUCUACCGACUCUUCAGACAGCCUAUAAGUACUGCAUCAACGUACACGCUAUGAGGGUUGUACACUGCAGAUCUCCGCGAUAACGCAACGUCAAUAUGGCGAGCAUCUUCUCCAAGCUCAUCACGGCCCUUGUAGGGCUGCUAGCUCUGAUUCCCGCUACUUCUGCGUUCACCAACCCCAUACGCAACCCCGGAGGAAGUGAUCCAUUCAUGGUGUACACUGGCGGGUACUACUACCUGAUGACCACGACAUGGACCGACGUGGAGAUGACACGCGCAACCACCAUCGAGGGUCUCAAGACCGGCGCAAAGAAAGUAGUCUAUUCCACCUCGACUGCCUCACGAUGCUGCAACGUCUGGGCUCCCGAGGUCCACUACCUCGGCGGCAAGUGGUACAUCUACUACACGGCCGGCCAGACAACCAAUCUCGACGGCCAACGGCUCCACGUUCUGACCGGCGGCUCCACUCCCUGGGACACAUUCACCUACACCGGCCAGCUAACAAACGAAUGGUCCAUCGACGCCUCCGUCCUCCGCACCAACGCAUACGGCAACUUCCUCAUGUUCUCCUGCUUCCACGGCGUAACCUACCAGUCCAUUUGCCUGCAGCAACUGGGCGCGGACUAUGUCUCCCUCACCGGCGAUAUCCACGUCAUCUCGCAGCCCACCUUGGAUUUCGAGAAGCACGGCACACCCGUCAACGAGGGCCCCGUGGCCUUGUAUUUCAACGGGGUCACAUACAUCGCCUACUCGGCGUCUUAUUGCUGGACGCCAUACUACUGUCUCGGUCUGCUGACCUGGGACGGCAAGACCAACCCCACGUCGGCGAGUGCCUGGACAAAGCGUAACGGGUGUGUGCUGUCCUCGGCGAACGGAAACUAUGGCACGGGUCACAACUCGUUCUUCCAGAGCCCGGAUACCUCGCAGACGUGGAUCGCGUACCAUGCUACGAAUAAUAGUGCGGGUGCUUGUGAUAAUUCUCGGUACACGAUGGUCCAGCAGCUUGGGACGCAUAGCGACGGGAGCCCGAACUUUGGGACGUCGCUGCCUUUUAGUCAUGUGUUCAGUGAGCCGAGUGGGAAGUAGGUGACUCGCCUGGAGGAUGAUUGGACGAUGAAGUCACGGUGUGUAAAAGGGCUGUCUCUGCAAGAUUAGAGGAAGAUUUCUAUCUAUGGAUAUGGGGGCAUGAUGUAUGACCCCGAGAGUACUGCGUAAGAGAGCUCAAUAUGUUUGUAUAUUGUACGGCACCUUUUGAAUCAUCCUAGUUUGGGUAGUGGUAACCAGGAGCACCCUGGCGACCGUUG